AUGCCGGUCCUCGAAGCUCGGACGCUCGAAGCUCGAGCUCGGUGCUAUGAUCGUUACUACAACAGAUACUACAACUGCACCAGUCGUUGGAACAGCUGGGUGCGAUGGUUGGUUCUGGGGCUCAUCGUUGCUGCUGCGAUUGUCCUCUUCAUGCUGUUCUCCUGCGUCACUGCGCGCCGCCGCAGAAAGAUGGGGCAUCAGCCAUGGAGAGGAACCGGCUGGGCAGUUUCCUCAAACCCACCUGCUCACAAUGCGCCUACGUAUAACAACAACGCGCAGCCCUACUACGCCAACUACAACAACUCGAACAACCCAGCACCACCACCAGCGUACCAGCCUGGAGGAGCGAACCAGGGCUAUUACGGUCAGCAGAACGGAACUGAGUUGCAGCAGCCGCAGCAGACAUACGGAGGAUACCGCAGUGGCGAGUCGGCGUUUGAGCCUCCCAAAGGACCUCCCCCGGGUAGGUAA